AUGAAGAUUCAUCUCUUUUUCUUAAUUCUGCUCUUUUGUGUCACAAUUUUACCAGCCAGAAAGAGAUAUCCUGAGUAUGGUAGUUUGGAUUUGAGGAGAGAGUGCAGAAGGAGUAAUGGUCGAUGUAAAAAUCAAUGCCUUGAGACUGAAAUUAGGAUUGCUUUCUGCAUAAGACCUGGAACACGUUGCUGCAUACAUAGUUAA